ACAACGUACCAUGGAUUCUAGUAUGGAAAACAACGUGAAGACUGUCAGAAGAAGCAAAGAGGAGAAGAAAGUUCUCAGAAAACAGCUGAAAGCCAGUCACACUUUACUGAAACAUGAAGGAAUCAGUACAGCAGCGCAGCCCACCAAGAGUUUGGUGGUGGCCAACGGCGGUCUGGGCAACGGUGUUAGUCGAGAGGGGCUUUCUGCAGCUCUGAAGGAGAUGGGAGAGGUGGAGGGUCUGGUCAUGCCUCCUCACAAACCGUACGCUUUCGUCACAUACAGAUCUGAGGAGAGUGCUCGAAAUGCUCACGUCCACCUGAAUGGACAAAUGAUUCAGUGUGGGGACAACAGUGUCACACUCUACCUCAGUUAUGUGGAAUCAGUAACCCAUGAAGAGCAGACAUCUGUCCUGUUGCCCGAGGGAUUAGUCUUGGUGGAGGAUUUUGUGUCUCCAGAGGAAGAAGCUGUGCUGCUCAGUGCUAUAGACUGGUCGUCCACUAAUGAUGACAUCACUGCUCAAAAAGCUCUCAAGCACAGAAGAGUGAAACAUUAUGGAUUUGAAUUUCGCUAUGACAACAACAACGUGGACAAGGACAAGCCGCUACCUGCAGGUCUUCCUGAGGAGUGUUUACCUGUGUUGGAGCGGUGUGUAAGCAGCGAACACAUCAGCAUGAUGCCAGACCAGCUGACUGUAAACCAGUAUGAGUCUGGACAGGGCAUCCCUCCUCAUGUGGACACUCACUCAGCCUUUGAGGACACCAUCCUGUCGCUGAGCCUGGGGGCAAAGACGGUGAUGGACUUCCGUCACCCUGAUGGUCGUGUCGUUGCCGUGGUGUUGCCGGGACGGAGCCUCCUGGUGAUGAAGGGAGAGAGCAGAUACCUUUGGACACAUGGAAUUACUCCUCGAAAGUUUGACAUGGUGCCUGCCUGUGACCCACAAUCCUCUGCUCGUUCAAGGCCUGACCUCGGGACCCAAAGCAGUCUCACUCUGAGCAGGAGGGGCACCCGCACUUCGUUCACUUUCCGCAAGAUCAGACACGAACCCUGCCGCUGUGCCUUCCCGUCUGCCUGUGACAGUCGGGGAGCUCCCUCGACACCUUCGCCCGCUCUGCCGCCGUCUCCCCCGACGCUUCCCUGUUGCCGUGCCGACGCAGCCCGCCUGGAGGAGGAGUACGUGCACCGGGUCUACGACGCCAUCGCCUCCCACUUCAGCAGCACUCGCCACUCCCCCUGGCCUCGCGUUUGCCACUUCCUGGCCUCGCUCCCGCCCGGCAGCGUGCUGGCCGACGUGGGCUGUGGGAACGGAAAAUACCUGGGAGUCAACCCAGACGUGAUUGCAGUGGGAUGUGAUCGUAGCGGCGCUCUCAUCCAGAUCUGUGCAGAAAGAGGUUUCCACGCCUUUGUGUCUGAUGCUCUUAGUGUCCCUCUGCGAACUGCAUCCUGUGACGCCUGCAUCUCUAUCGCUGUCAUACACCACUUUUCCACACAGGAGCGCCGGCUGGCAGCAGUGAGGGAGCUGGUGAGACUUCUGAAGCCUGGAGGUCGGGCGCUCAUCUACGUUUGGGCUUUUGAACAAGAGUACAACAAGCAGAAGUCCAAAUACCUCAAAGAGAGCAACAAAGAGCAUCAAGGCAAUCACAGCCCCACAUCAGAGGACAGUCAGGAACCUCAUGGGAAAUCAAGCAUCCAUAUCAGUAGCCAUUUAGAAGAUAGCUGCAGGCCGGAUGACAGCAUGACAGAUGUUAGCAGAGUGACUGAUGGGAAGCUUAGUGUGCACACCAACCGCACAGCCUUUAACACCCAGGACCUGUUGGUUCCCUGGCAUCUGAAGGAGGGGAAGAAACGAGAUGACGAGGAAUCAGGAGACAGCAGCAAGAAGGGUAAAAGCAAGGAGAAGAAUAAGAAGACUUCACAUAACUCGUGUUCGGCCUCAAGCUUGAAUCCAAAAACUGACCCCAGUCCAGGAUCUGGAUCAAGACUUGAUACCAGCGAUGCUGCUCACAUCCCAGACUGUAAGCCCAGUCCAAGUGGCAACACCACUCAGACUUCCAGUUCUACUGUAAAGUCAGAGUUGGAGAGCAGCCCAGCGCCCGUCUUUCAUCGCUAUUAUCACGUUUUCCAGCAGGGGGAGCUGGAGCAGCUGUGUGCUCAGGUGAAUGGAGUCAAAGUGCAGAGCAGCUACCAUGACCAGGGCAACUGGUGUGUUAUAUUACAGAAGGAUGGUUUAUAGUCAUGUUGUUGCUACUACUACUAAACCAUGAAAGUUUAAUUAAAAAAAAACAUUUAUAAGAUGUUGUACUUGAUUAAAUGCAGUUUAGUCCCCUAGAGGAAUUGAGAGGCCUGUUGUUUAAAAAAACAACAACACAUAGAAAAGGACACCAUUUAUCAGAGCCAGAAACUGCAAAAUCAAUAACUAUAAUUGCAUGUGAAACUUUCUGGUGGUUCUUAUGUUUUGUGCCAUUACAUCAGGAAAACUCUCUAAAUCUAAGCUCAAACUUUUAGCAAAAUUUCAUAAAAGUCACAUUUUCUGACAUGUCUUUUUCAAACAUUUGCCAAAAAUAAAUUAUUAGUAGUAACCAAAUUCUGUAAAAACCUAAAUUGGCUAUAAAAUAUUCUGGGACUUUUCAGCUGAACUGCAGGCUGUUUGCUCAGAGCGGAUAGGAGACGGUUGUGGAAACUAAAAAAAAUGUAAGAAGUAAAAUAUCUAAUGUAUGAAAAGUCGCCAAUUGUUCAGUAUUGGUAACACCUGAGGAAAAUGUACAUGGUGAUUAUUUUUUUAAUUAAAACAAUCUAAUUCUACUUCUUUUUUGUUAUAAUGUAUGGCAUUGUAACUUUGUUAUACUGCACAGGAGAUGCCUUUUGGUUCUCUCUACUUUGAGCCAUGACUACUGUUUCCAAAAAAAGGCUCAGGACUUACUUUGCUAUAUUCCAGUAAAAAAAUAAAAUAAAAUAAGAAGUAAGUAAAAAAUUUGACAGGAUUGAAAAAUGCCCAGAUACUACUUGAGAUUAAGCGCCAUGAAAUCAAUAAAAACAUUUUACAAAUCUUU